AUGCAUGAAAUGGAUCGUAUUCCGAAAUGGGCGCAUAAGAACGCAUGGCAGGCAACCGCUCCACACCAAGAAAUUCGAGAUAACUAUGAAGCGGCGCUUGUUUUUGCUCUGGAAGCUGAUAGAAAGGCCGGUGGUCAAUUGUACGAUGCAGACCUGCCUGCCGAAUACGAUCAGGCGGAAUGCUUCGAAAUUCUAACCGAUUUCGCUGAUGAAAGGAUUAGACAUUCCCAGUCGGCAAUACCCUUGGAUCAAUACGAUAGUGGUGAAGAUCCGCCGUCUGAUCCAGACGAUAACAUUGGAGCGGCCGGAUGCGAAUGA